AUGAAAGGACCACUACAACUCCCGCCAGAGCUACUUUCUCGGAUCGUCGAUCUCGUCGCUAUUGGCGAAACAUUGGAAACCAACCGCGAUGAUGAACCAUUCAAUCAAGACUGCAAUAACAAGUACAACAUCGACAAUGAGCCACCAGCGUCGGGUCUCAGCUACCAGCACAGUAUGCUUGCCAUAACUCCGCGCCCAGAUGUUACCACCCUACGCAACCUGCGACUCGCUUCGAGAGGCUUCGCUCAGAUGUGCACAACACGUCUCUUCGGUUGUAUCCGGCUUUUACCAACCGAGGAGUCUUCUUUCAGCUACAAUCAGAUUUUGUCGGAGCCCGUCUUGUCAAACCAGGUCCGAAAAGUCGUCUUCCAAACCAGAAUGGUACCUGGGGGUAGUACUUCGUUUUGGAGUCGCCAGGAACCCGGUCCGGGAGAUGAUUAUAGCAGACCUCAUCCCUUUUUUCUGGAUGCCUUGCAACAAGUAGGACGAUUUUCUAAUCUGACCCAUGUGGAGAUGGUAUUCGGAAGUCAAUGCAUUGCUCCUGAUAGCUCCAACGAAACCACAGAAAGGGUCAGGUUCCGGGAAGGAGUAUUGAGCGCCCUCUACGCCGGGCUCAAUCAUUGCGAACAUCCCGCUAUGGAGGUCUUCAACUUAAGCAUCAAGAACUUACAAGAUCGCACUCCUCACGCUCUGAUCAAUAACAACGAGGAUGAAGACGAAGCCGUACGUGAUAUCAAAUUCAGAAAGAAUUUCGCACAGGUCAUGUCGCGGAUCACUCACCUCAGCCUCCAAGUCGCUACCGAAGACGAGGAAUCUGCGCCGGAGACGACACUGGAUCUUCCUGAAAGUCACAACUUCUUUGGGUACGAACUGAGGAAAUACUGGGUCGCACCCAUCGCUGAGAAUCUUGUCUACUUCAAGCUGUACGCAUGCGAUAUGUUGUUCGGCACGUUUCCUGCCUGUAACUUACCAAAACUACCCGAGUUACGCACAUUGAUCCUCGGAAACCUGAGUAUGUGUAACGAGGACCACAUCGAUUGGAUCCUCAGCCACGCAGCGACUCUGGAAGAAUUGAUUCUCGAUGAUGCUGUAGUAGCGGUUGGGACAGUUCUUUACGCCGAGGUAGCCGAUGAAGCCAGUCGUCGUAUCAUUUACUCUUCUUUGACGAUUGAGGAUGGACGCCCUCUUUACCAACCAAAACUGGAUCACGCUUUGCCGAAGCGACGCUCGCUGUGGCUGACGCGUUGGCAUCACAUUUUUGGUCGUCUGCAACGCAGUCUGCCAAAACUGAAGCACUUCGCUAUGGGUCACGGUAACUGGGAUGAGCACAAGGCGUUCGACGAGGCCGAGAUACUGCAGAAUGUGUUGACAGACGCGAGGUAUCAGUAUCUGGACCGUGGAACCGGUCCAGAUAACUGA